AAUUAGCAUUUUACUAAUCAGUAGGUUUAAAUAGCUCGGAAGCAAAAGUCUGCCAUCACCUUGAUCAUCAACCCAGCUUGCUGCUUCUUCCCAGUCUUGGGUUCAAGAUCUUGACAACCAUGAAACUUCUCAUCCUUACCUGUCUUGUGGCUGUUGCUCUUGCCAGGCCUAAACAUCCUAUCAAUCACCAAGGACUCUCUCCAGAAGUCCUCAAUGAAAAUUUACUCAGGUUUGUUGUGGCGCCUUUUCCAGAAGUGUUUAGAAAGGAGAACAUCAAUGAACUGAGUAAGGAUAUUGGGAGUGAAUCAACUGAGGAUCAAGCCAUGGAAGAUGCUAAGCAAAUGAAAGCUGGAAGCAGUUCGUCAAGUGAGGAAAUUGUUCCCAAUAGUGCUCAGCAGAAGUACAUUCAAAAGGAAGAUGUGCCCUCUGAGCGUUACCUGGGUUAUCUGGAACAGCUUCUCAGACUGAAAAAAUACAACGUGCCCCAGCUGGAAAUUGUUCCCAAAAGUGCUGAGGAACAACUUCACAGUAUGAAAGAGGGAAACCCUGCCCACCAGAAACAGCCUAUGAUAGCAGUGAACCAGGAACUGGCCUACUUCUACCCUCAGCUUUUCAGACAAUUCUACCAGCUGGACGCCUAUCCAUCUGGUGCCUGGUACUACCUUCCACUAGGCACACAAUACACUGAUGCCCCCUCAUUCUCUGACAUCCCUAAUCCCAUUGGCUCUGAGAACAGUGGAAAGACUACUAUGCCACUGUGGUGAAGAGUCAAGUGAAUUCUGAGGAACUCCACAAUUAUGGUCUUUGAUGGGAUUGAAAAUUCCAUGCUUUACAUGUCUUUUCAUCUAUCAUGUCAAACCAUUCUAUCCAAAGGCUUCAAUUGCUGUUUUAGAAUAGGACAACCUCAAAUUGAAGGCACUCUUUCUUCUUGAGUUCUCCACUGUAUUUUAGAUUGUGUAACAUCCUUAAGUGAAAUUGUCCUAAGAGCUUGUUACCUAAAUUCCAGUAGUAUCACGCUGGUAUAAAGGCCACUGACUCAAAGGGAAUUACAGUCUUCAUUAAAUUUCUAUAUGGAAAAUGUUUUUAAAGCCUUUGAAUCACCUCUCCUGUAAGUGCCAUCAUUUCAAAUAACUGUGUGCAGUAACUGAGAUUUUGUCUUUCUUCUUUUCAAUAAAUUACAUUUUAAGGCACUA